CGAAAAUAUGAGAGCUUCUCACUUCACGACGCUUUUCAAGGAUUACAGCUUUCCUGUAUCUCCUGGCUUAUUCCCCCUAGUCAACGACUGGAGGAUAAAUCUUCCGCAGGCGAAACACGAAAGCGUCAAGAAAUAUUUCUGGAACUGUUAUACUACCUUUAUGACUCGUUCUUGAUCCCAUUAAUACGAUCCAACUUUUAUGUUACUGAGUCGAACAUACAUCGAAAUCGUUUAUUCUAUUUUCGUCACGAUGUUUGGCGCGCAUUGAUGGUG